UCUGCAACUAUGACUACGAAAAGUCUAAAACGGAGAGCUAAGUUCCCAACAGGACAGGCAUUUUAUCAUCAAGCUUCCAGUAAAACAUAAUGCAGUGUCAACCAUGUCGUGAACAGGGUCAAUAUGCAUCUGCAGAAUUGUGGUGCGACGAAUGUGAGGAAGCGCUAUGUAAUAGCUGUAAAUCACUACACAUGUCAUUCAAAGUUAGCAGAUAUCACAACGUGUCAAAAUUGCCGCCACUCGCCGUAGAAGAACCAUCUUCUGGUACAGAGAAUGAAGUUGUUGAUGUCGGAAAAAACAUGUGGGCUAUGUGUGAUGAACAUCACGAUAAAUCUUUAGAAUAUUUUUGUAUUAAACACAAAAAGCCUUGCUGCAUUCUUUGUAAAAGACAAUACCAUAUAGAUUGUUGCGACGUUGAGAAAGUUGAUGACGUAGCGGACGACACCAAACUGGCAACUACCAUAGUAGACCUCUUAUUGGGAAUCGAAGAACGCAAAAGCCGUCUAACUAAAGUUGUAGAUAAUGAGAGGUCAAAUCUUAAAGGUUUAGAAAUUAUCAAAGAUAGUUGUAUUGAAGAGCUAAAGAAUACAAGAUCUGCCAUUAAUAAACAUCUAGAUUUAUUGCAAAAUGUCAUCGAGCAAGAAAUAAACAAAGAAUACGGAAAUGAAACAAGGGAAAUAAACAAAAGAAUAACAAGUCUCACUGCCAGACAAAAAUAUGUGACGAACCAACACAAAAUUAUAGUAAAUACAAAACAAUCUGAUAUGUCUUUAGGGCAAAAAUAUUUAAAAAUUAUACGUCUGAAACACAUGGAAGAUGGGUAUCCCGAAAGUGAUGAGACCUAUCCAGUUUGCAGUCUACAAGGUAUCGCUAAUUACAAACUGUCGUACGAAAAGACUAGUGAUAGUAUAACUGUAGAGCGCAUCCUACGCACUUUUCAGGGGAAAGACAGCGGUAUGUUAAAAUAUCAGGGAGAUAAAAUUGAAGAUGGAUUAGAAUCGGGUUCCUCUAUAAUUGAACUAGAACCAAACCACUCAAAAGAUUCUUAUUUUGAAUUUUAUCCGUCAGUCUUAGAAUUACCAUUAACUUCUUCCGUUGAAGGUACUAAAUCUUCGGUGCCUAUGACAUGUACUACUACUUUGCCAGUAGAAUUGCCACAUACAUCAGCUGUUACAUGUUCGUCGUCAUUCCCUGUUACACACACAACGCAUAUCUCGUGCAAGGCUUCUACUGCAGAUGGUUCAUUAUUCGAAUUCUAUCUUAUGAAAUCGUUUUUUGUUGAGAAAAACAAUAAAAAUAUUUCUAUUAAUGAUGCAAAAUGGAUGCCGAACAAAGACGACAUAGCUAUUGUUGAAAAGUCAAAUCCUAGGUGUAUGAUCUACCGCAGAAAUGGCCAGAAAAGGGGUCAAAUUAAGCUUAUUGGUGUACCACAAUGCAUAGCUAUUAUAGAUGACAAUUGCGUAGGUCUAACUCUUAUGUGUAAGCAAAAAGUGUGCGUGAUAGACACAGAUAGAUGGCAGAUCCUAAAUACCAUUCUUGUUUAUGAUUAUUGCGAAGGAUUAGUCUUUUAUGAAAACAAUCUAAUAGCUAACUGCGGAAAUAAAGGGUUGACUUAUAUUAACAGUUCUGGAAAAAUAGUCAAACACAAUAUUGAUAUUAAAGGGGAAUUGUACUUUCAUAUCGAUAACAAGGGAAAUCUUUAUUCUGCUAAAAUGAAAGAUGAAAGCAUUCAUGUUUACAAUCUAAGAAACAAUAAAAGAUUUAUAUACAAUUUUAUCGGUGUAAAUAAUCCGACAGGGCUGACGACCGACAGAGACAAUAAUUUAUUUGUUGCAUGUCAUAACAAUGACACCAUUUUUGUGAAACCGUCUAUUCACUCACAUUCCAGCGUAGUAUUAGGGAGAUCAGAUGGCAUUGACCGACCUUGGAGUAUAGACUACUACCAUGAAAACGAUGAACUUUUGGUAGUGAAUAACGCUGCACAUUCCAUAUUCAUAUUCAGGAAAAGGAGGAAAGUUUGUUAUGCCAAAUAAUGAUAGUAUCGCUCUAUUUUACUGUGUGUUAAUAGUUAAUUUAAGUAUUUCGUUGAACUCCAGGGUCAAACGGGUAAACCCAAUUUCUCCUCUGUGUCCCUCAGAGGGUAAACAUUGAACUAGUGAAACUUAAACAUUGUUCCUGAUACCCUGUUCACAAGCAUGCUAGAUUCAAAUCCGAUAUUAUGAAAUCCGAUGUAUGUCUUGAUUUAUCAUAUCAGAAUUGAAUACCAGUUUGCGUUUACAUGUGGCUCUGUAAUGUAUACUUGUCAUUCUAGAUUUAAUGCCACAUUCUAGUGAAAUGAGUUUUCAUGCAAGCACGUGAUUUUCUAGCGCAGAAAACAGUAAUCAAAAUGGAUCCGCACUGAUAUGUUCUUGAUCAGAAAAUGACUGUUUUCAAACGUCUUUUUAUUCUACACACAUAUCGGAUGUUAAUUUAAAUCGGAUUUCAAAUUAUUCAGCUCAAAUAGUUUGACUCCAGAUUCAUAAAAACACAUUUAAUCCUUAAACCUAUAUUGUUGUCAAAUCGGAUUCUGAUUUGUCGUGUGAACGGGGUAUAGAUACAAUCGUUUAAAAUUUUGGAACAAUUUUACUUGUGCCCUUAAAAUCAAAUGUAAUCCAUCGCUAUACAUGAUCAUACAUUGUUUUUGUUGACAUUUUGAUACCACAACAUUUUCAAAUGCCAUAUUUCUUUGUAAAAAGAAUAGUUUCACAAAUGUUCACACAUAGCUUCUAACGUUUCUAAAUGUUUUACUUCCAUGGCAUGCAUCUGUUUGGGUUUGAGCGUUUCUUAUGAAAGUAAAUCCGCACGAUAUGUAUUAUGUGUCAUUAUAUGAAUUUUAAGUCAUUUACAUUUAUUUGUAAUCGCUAAGAAACAUGAAAAGCUCGUUUUCCUCUAUAUCUAAAGCUCGUAUAAUUGCAUUUUAUAUUUUCUUACGAUCUACAUAUUAUCUCAAAGGUCAAAGUAACCCUUCAGGACUAUCACCACGCACGGACGAUAACGUGUAUGCUGCAUGUAGUCAAAAUUUUUAUGAAGCAGUCACUCCAUUCACCAGCCAUGAUGGUACUAGAAAGCGUAUAUGCCAUUGAAAGACCAACGAUGAUUGAUUAUGAUCAAAAAAAUGAUGAACUACUUAUAGUGAACAACAAUGCGCGUUAAAUAUUCUUAUUAAAGAAAAAAUCGGAAAGUGUGUGAUACAAAAUACGGUAUCCUUACAUAACGUUUAAUGUGUAUUGUUAGGUAUGUGGCUAAAUGAAAUAUCACUGUCUGUGUACUGUUUUUUUUUCGAGGACCUUACACGUUUAUAUAUGCAAUUUGUUACUGGUUUUUAUCAAAUUUAUUUUCAGUGACUUUAUUUUUGAUAGCCGUGAGACUAUUUGUAGAUAAUUGUCUUAUUGUUAAUCGUUAUGCAUAUUUGUAGGACACAUAAGACGACUUUAUAUUUUGUAUUGCAAUGUUUAAAUUCAUAUAAGUGCCAUACAAUACUAUACACAUUAUCUCAUGAACAAUGUACUCUCUUCUUGAUGUUUAUGGUUAAGUGUAGUUAAUGAAAGCGGAUACAUGAAAUAUUGCGUAGUUAUAGGCUUUACAAGAGUUUUUGGUCGUUAGUAAUAACGAAUCCCAGAUAGCAGCCUUUCUGAAUUCUUUUCAGGAAUUGUGCUUGAGCUUUUUCUAUAAAAAUGGGAAUCGUAGAUACAAAUUUCUUGUUUUGGGUUACAAUAAUUCAUAUUUUGUGCAGAACCAAACUGAAUCUGCCAGAAAAUAUACUGAAGAUAAUAUUAUCAAAAUGCUGGACUUUUUGAUCGACAAUAUGUUUGUUGAGUUUGGAGGAUUGAUAUUUAAACAGACAGUCGGUAUUCCAAUGGUUACUAAUUGUGCACCUCUACUGGCCGAUUUUUUUUGUACUCGUAUGAAGCAGAAUUCAUUCAGAACCUUCUAAAAGACAAAAAUAAAAAAGCACCUUGGGAAAUUCUUUAAUUUUACUUUCAGAUAUAUUGAUGAUGUCCUAUCAUUGAUAACCCAUAUUUCAGCAAAUACUUACAUCUCAUAUAUCCCAGUGAACUUGAAAUUAAGGAUACUACUGAUACUAGAAGGACUGCUUCAUACCUUGAUCUUUUCCUCAAUAUUGACACAGAUGGACGAUUUCACACGAAAAUCUAUGAUAAACGGGAACUUCCCAAUUACCAAUUUCCCAUUUCUUAGCAGUAACAUGCCCGCUGCCCCUUCGUAUGGUGUUUACAUAUCUCAGUUGAUACGUUAUGAUCGUGCAUGUUCACACUGUAUGGACUUCAUAUACAGGAGUGUGCUCCUAACGCAGAAACUGCUCCAACAAAGUUAUGAGGAGGACAGAUUAAAAAUGACAAUCCGUAGAUUUAAUGGACACCAUCACGAAUUGGUUAAUUCAUACGAUGUGUCUUUGUCCAAACUAACAAAGGACAUUUUUACCACGUGUUAGAUUGUGGUUUGCCAUUACGUCGUCUGAUCUUUUAAAUACCGAACGUGACUUAUUCCCGGUUGUGACUGUUUUGCUGAGUGUUAAUUCGCAUUGCUAUAAGACGUGUCACGGUAUUUUUCUAUCCAAAAUCCAUGUAUUUAGUUUUGAUGUUAUAUUUGUUAUUCUCAUCGGAUUUUGUCAAAUGUCUUAUCGUUUGUAGUUGUAAGUCUUAUUUUUUUCUGUUCUAUUCGUGUGCUACGGUAUAUAUAAUUAAACACCCAGAUCAUUUAUAAGAUUUUAGUUUGGGUCAACUAAAUUUAUACGAUGUAUUUGGUUUACAGUUUGAUUUAGAAGAAAUACCGACAUAGCUUGAUAAUACAAAUAAUUAUCUAAUUACUACCACAAUUGUAUAUUAAUAAGUAUUGUAAUUUUCAUUGUUUUUAAUACAUGUUAUAUCAGUAUUACAAACCAAAUCUUUAACUCUAUCCUAUUUUUUGGAUAGAAAUUUGUAUGUGACGUCACAUUGUGCGUCGAUCUCUUCGGCUAACAUAUAAUACGUUGUUCGGCUGUGCUUUUUUUAUGUGCUGAUUUAGGUUGUUUUACGUAUUCGUUUUUAUUCUGUAGUUAGUCACCACUUCGGUGUUAACAUGUAUAUCUAUUAUAG